GCCGUACGUCAGCGCGACCCUUCCGUCGGAGGUGUGAGAGGAAGAGGAGCAGCGGCGCCGAUUAAACCCGGUUGUUUAUCGUGGUGCUGCUGGUCCGGCGCUGUUACUGCUGUGGUCAGUCGGAAGGUCAGUCGGAAGGUCCGUCUCUGCGGUGCGCAGCACUUUCAGCGUGUCGUCCUUUGCAGCUGCAGCGGCGGUUUUGUUGCCUUGAGCGCAGUGAAUGUGGCAGUGCGAUUGGGACGGAACCAGAGAAGAUUCUGUUAUGGACUGAGGAGCUUCAUCUAAACUCCUCGUCAUGCUUCCAAGGCGGAUACCAUUCAAUCAGAUCGCAUUUGCCACACUGGUCGGGGUGGGAGGGGGCAUCUAUAUCUACAGGCCCAUGUUUGAGCCUCCGAGAAAGCCCACAAGCGCGGCAGAUCACCAGGAUGUCCAAACAGAAAAGGACGGACAGGAUGCCGGUGGACGAGAGACGAUGGCCAGACAAGCAGCUGGUGCAGCACAUCCAGGAGCAGAAAACACAGUGCCUGACAACCGAUGAUCAUCAUCGUAUCACCAUUACAUUGAUUCAGUUAAUGCGCACGUGAUCAUUGUGUCCAUGCUUCUCAAUAAAAUCCUUAGUUUUUUUUAUAAAAA